GCACAUCAGUACGCUCGGAGAAGAUUCCUAUAGGGGCGAGUACAUAGAAGAGGAUUUCUAUCGCCGUCGCAGGGAUCUCAAACCUGCAUCUGGCUCUCCCAUAGGGAAUCAUGAAUUCUUUAAUGCGUAAACCGUAAGACCGACCAACAAUGCCUAAACCGCUCGUCCCUUCAGAGAAGGUACGCCUCCAUGAACGGGCCAUCAUCGCCCAGCUCAAGAAGGAACGGGCAUUCAAUCAUGAUGCGAUUGCCGCGCUGAUGGACAACCUCAUGCCUUCACGUCGGGGCUUCGAGGAGACCGUGCUCGACAAAGUGUGGGCACAAUACUAUGCUUCGAUAGAUUACGAGGUCAUCAAUCUGAUCCAAAGAAAUCCAAAAGAUCCCUUCCUCACCCAUAACGAGCACCAGGCUAUCACCUGUUUCCUCACUGCUAGAUAUCUGGCCCUAUUGAUGCGUUUAGGGACCCGAACACCGAAGGACAUGACACUCUACAGGGGCAUCUCGAUACGGCAAAACAAGCUGGACCAGUUUCGGCAAACGUACGUCCCUGGCCGACGGAUCAUCACCAACGAAUUCAUGUCCACCACCCCCACCUUGGACAUCGCCCACAGCUUCACUAUGUAUCCCAACAGCGCCGCUGUGAUGAUGGUCCUGUCAAUCCCCCGUGGGACGCCUAUCGACGUCGGAAAUAACCACGCCGUUGAAGAGGAGGCGGUCCUCCACAAUUGCACACAGUGGCGGGUGGAUGCCAUGCACAUGAUAGAUCCCAAUACCUUCCGGGUCUAUAUGCACCUUGAGGCGAUGAGCACGCCGUUCAUCGAGAUGGACGAUGGAAUUGAGGCGCUCUGUCGCCUCUACGAGGAGAAUCAGGCAGGUGAUCUAAUGUACACUCUCGCGCUCUGGGACGAUUACCGGAAAGGAGGCGGAUGCGCAAACAUAAGGCCCGUUCGUCACACCAGUCGCAAGUUCCCCUCCCUGAAGGGUUUGCCGACGGCCGUGGUCUUAUUCGUCAAAGGUGGUCAGGCUGUUGCGCCCGGCUCCAGCACAUAAGGACAACGUUAAGGACAACGGACCCUUAACCAAUGGAGGAAUGCUCUUUCUUGUUCGGAUUCGGGAGUGUGAGAGCGUGGAGAGCUCGACAAGCCUGUCCCGGGAAAAUGGGUCCUUAGGUAUGUCUGGCAACAGCACAGUCCCAAACUCUGACGAAGAGGAGAUGGGUAUAAAAGAGCGCCGUGCCGGGCGCCAGCUCACCUUCAGAAAAUCAUACCAAAGUCAAUAUGUCAAACGCACGAACACCAUCGAGGACGCUCUCUCCCGAACUGUAUGCCCUCUUCGGGAUCAAGGAGGGCACCCGGGUCGAUCUUCUCGAGAUACUGAAAUACUUGAACAAAUAUAUUGACGAUGUUAUGAUCUCGACGACGGAGGCGGAAGCGAAGAAGAGAAGACAGAGCGAGAGUGAUAGGUGACAAGAGAUUGUAUUGGGCGAAACGACAAACAAGGACUAGAACAGGAGAUGAGCAGAACUGGUG